UAUGAGUGAGAGAGUGUAGUUUAUUGUUAAGAGACUGUUAUAUGGACGUACUAUGGAUUUACUAAUAGUUUUGUAAGAGAUUUGCAACCUCUAGAAGAUGUGCACAUAUAUUUAUGAAUAGAAAAUAGUCAAGACUGUUGCUGAUGUGUGGAAAAUAUUAUUUGAUGUUCUCCAAAAUGUUUUCUGUCUAUUGAAAAGGGUCACCAGUUUGGCAAAUAAACAAAACAGAAAAAAGUGUACCUGUUAAAUAUACAGAUUUGUCAGUUGUAUAGACUUUACUCAGAUUGCCCUUUUUAAUUCAGUAUUAACAGUUUUAUUGGUACUGAAUAUGAGUCAGACUGUUCAAGAUGCAGUUCUCACAACCAGCAAGAGAUCAAGUACUGCAAUUCCAAAUCCUAGAAGAUAUUUUAGAAAAGGCAUCAUGGCUGUGAGUCGGCUGAGCCUGGCCUUCUCCGAGACACUGCACACUACCAAGCAUGUGGCCCAUGUGUGUCUCUUUAUCACAAUCGUCAUUUUGUUCGAAGUUGGGGCUCUAGGGCUGUGGGGAGACCCUCCUGCGUCUGCGUCGUACCCUCCUCUAGUCACACUACUCUUCCAAGUUACUCGACUUUUGCCAUUACUUGCACUACCCCAGGCAUUAUUUAACCUCUUGGGCUUGAUCUGUUUCAAUGCCUUCCCUGAGCGCUCAAAGCUUAAGGGUUCUCCUCUUUUGGCGCCGUUUCUGUGCCUAAGAGUUGUGACCCGGGGAGAUUACCCAGACCUUGUCAGGCAGAAUGUCAACCGCAACCUGACGACAUGCCUGCGUGUUGGCCUGGAGAAGUUUAUGAUUGAAGUCGUAACAGAUAAGACGAUAGAUCUGCCUGAAAAUCAGAGAAUUAGACAGGUUGUUGUACCGUCUAGCUAUCGUCCAAAGAGUGGAGCAUUGUUUAAAGCCCGAGCUCUGCAGUACUGCUUAGAAGAGGAUGUUAAUGUCCUAGCAGAUACUGACUGGAUAGUUCACCUCGAUGAGGAGACUCUAGUUACAGAUGCUGCCAUUAGGGGCAUUCUCAACUUUGUUAUUGAGGGCCGACAUCAGUUUGGUCAGGGCUUAAUAACUUAUGCAAAUGAGAACAUUCAGAACUGGUUCACAACUUUGGCUGACAGCUUUCGCGUGUCAGAUGAUAUGGGCAAGUUGCGGUUCCAGUUCAAAGUGUUUCAUAAACCACUCUUUGGAUGGAAGGGAUCUUAUGUUGUUACUCAGACUGGUGCAGAGAGACGUGUAACCUUUGACCAUGGUCCAGAUGGAAGCGUGGCUGAGGACAAUUAUUUCGGAAUGGUGGCCUUCAAAGAAGGCUACUCCUUCGACUUUAUUGAGGGGGAGAUGUGGGAAAAGUCUCCUUUCACCAUUUAUGACUUUUUGCAGCAACGCAAGAGAUGGCUACAAGGGAUCCUAUUAGUGGUCCACAGCCCUCAUAUCCCUAUUAGCACAAAGUGGUUGUUAGCUGUCUCCCUCUACUCUUGGGUUACCAUGCCACUGGCCUUGUCAUCGGUCGUUUUAAGCACCAUCUUCCCUGUGCCUGUGCCUGGCCUCCUCAACUUGGUUGCAGCAUUUGUAGGGGGUGUCAACUUUUAUAUGUACAUAUUUGGUGUGAUUAAGUCGUUCCGUGUGGACCGCGUCGGUUGGAUGAGGAUGGCCAUGUGCAUGAUAGGGGCCCUCAUUACCAUGCCCUUCAACUUCCUCGUGGAGAACAUUGCUGUGCUGCGAGGACUGGUGGGCAACAAGCACAAAUUCUACAUUGUCAAUAAGUUAACAGGUGCUCCGGACAAUGGAGUGAACACAGUUUAAGCCAUGAGGAGCAGCCUGGCCUAGUCAUGUCUACACUGUUCUCCCACCUGCUGCUGACCACUGCCACUGCCCGCUGAGGAGUGUAUUCGCUGUUUGCCUACGCAUAUUGACGCUGCUAGUUCGGUCACCAAUUGGUGCUCAUGGCAAAGGAAGGCAUUAGAAAUGUCUACUACAAAAUGUUCCAAAAAUUGAAUAAUCAAACUCUGUAUUGAAGAUUUCUUACAUCAAAGCUUUACAUUGGUUUUUGGCUUGGUUAUUGUGCUUUUUAAUGUGGAUAUAUAUACACAUCAUCUUACAACAAUAGGAUGUACCUAGUGCUUUAUAAAAUCAUUCAGAAAUGGGUAGAAUGCUUUACAAAUGCAUUAUCAUACUCCUGCUGCAGUAAAUACCAUGGUAAAUAAAUUAUUGCUCUGUAUGGAAUAGAAUCUUCUACAGACAUUUGCAUCAUUACAGUUGUUAAUGGGUAGACCCUUUGGAGGUGUUUUUUGCCAAAGACAACAGAAACACAGCAGAUGAGACAGCAUGUUUAGGAUGCUGCAAAAUUUCUCAAAUUCUACAGGCUUGUCACAUGACCUUAUCUCAACUUCAUGUAGCAGCUUUAGACAGUCUGGGCUGGAUUGAAUACAGAGCAGUAGGCUUCGAUCAGAGGGUCUUUAGCAGGCACAAAUCAAAAUUUAGGUGUAUGGCCAAUGUCGUAAGGCCUUGCUUACCUGUUGAUUCUCACCUUCUUAUUCCAGCUGGGGGUAACACAGCCAGUUUAAACCAACUUAACUUCAAUAGAAAGAUCCAGACAAAUAUGGAUGAGUGCUUUGUGGUGUAUAUUAGCUUGUGAAUAUGAUGAUAGUGAAACAGGUGCUAUAAGCAUCCCCAUUCUUGUGAUACACAUUCACUGCCAGUGGAAAACAAGCAAGCAGAUAUUUAGACCUGUAAUAUCCAGUGCCAGGGCGUUGCAUUCAGGAUUUCCCUGAACUUGCCGUGAUUAAUUUCUUUUCAAUAAAAAUGUGGAAACCAAUGUUCUUGAUGUCAUUUGAUAUACAAUGUUUAUUUUAUUUUAUUUUUUUUCUAUUUGUUUAAACAAUUUUCUUUUCAGUCAGGAGCCAGUUUGAAAGUUGCAUUUUGAUGGUUGCUCAGAAGACAGCAGACUUGGAAUAUGUCACGAUAAACUAAUGUCAAUGUUUUGAAAGAUGAGCAUGAUGGGUGUUACUUAAACAAAACAAAUACAACCAAAAAAUAAAAAAAUAUAUAUAAAGUAUAAAAAAUGUUUCCAGAAAUCAUCAUGAAAAAAGUUUCAGUACAACAAAGCUCUCUCAGAGCACAUUCUGUGGUUUAGCUUGCAGGAUGAACAUUUAGGUGCCUCGUUGGCCAUAAUGUUUACCAUUAGCGCUGCACGUGUAAGUGAAAGUAAUUCUUUGUGUUAGUGGAUGCAUCUCAUAGAGUAGACAUAUCUUUGUUCCUUUGGUUGUGAUGUUGUAUUUUAUUUGUUAGAAAAACUCACUGUGUUAUUGUAUAUAUUAUAUGUUUAACUCUUCCAAAAUGCGUUGGAAGAUUUGGUCUUAACCAAAGACUUAAGAACACUAGUUUUUUGUGGGCAUGAUGUUGCCCUUAUUUUGGUAAAUUGAAAGCGAUGUUAUUUAGUGUAGACAGAUGUACCUCACCAUGUUAAGAGCCAAUAAAAUGUGUGUUAAAGCUGAAUUGAUGUUAUAAAAAUGGCAGCCUGUUUAAGGGGGAAAAGUAUUGUCAAUGUCUGUCUGUAACAUCUGUAAAAUCAUGCUAUAAGGGUAAAGCAGAUAGAUUUCUAUCUAAAAAUCACCUGGACACGCUUCAAAGUAAUUACUAUAAUUUAAUUGGUAAAAACCGUUCAAAUAAAACCAUAAUGUAGCAUAAAGCAGCUGCCAUAAAUGUAAAGGGAAGAGAAAUCAUUCUAGAGUGAUGUUUUUUCCAGUUCAUGAUAAAAUAGUUAAGGGUGUUCAGAGGAUUUAUUCCUUGAGAGCACAAACCAUGGGAAUGAACAACUAAGUGAGGGUUUGGUAGGCCUCAGGACCACUCAGAGUUAUCCUUCAGCAUGUCUUGAGAAUGGGCUAGAAGUUGACAAGGUGGAGCUGCAACUCGAGUAUUGUGAGGAAUGUGUAAUUUAACUGUGUACUCAGGAGGUUAGAUUAUACAUUUCCAAAAUAGCUGUUUUAACUCAAAGUGUCAUAAGUUAUGCCGUCAUUUGUGUGUUCUAUGAUUCUGAUGUGUGUGUUGAAGUGAUGUUUGUUUCUUGCACAAUGGUAGUUGAUAUUUAUAACGGUUCAGUUAGCACAACUUGUAAAUAUUUCCAAUGUGACUUUCUUACUUGUAUUUGAUUUGUAAACAAAUGCUUUUCUUAGAGGUUGGUGCAUUUACAUUAAGGGUAGUGAUGAUGCUGUGCGUCACUUAUUAUUUAUUCAAAUGUUGUUGGUGUUGAUUAUUUAUUUUUUUAUCAUGAUUUUUUUUCUAUCAGAGUUUUCAGCUGAAAGUCCUGAGUGUGAUAAAGUUGGUGUUAAAUGACAGAUUUUUCUUUUAUCAUUUGUUCUCACUUGCAACAAUUUAAUUUUUUUGAAACAUGCAUAAAAAUCUCCCUCUGAUUCACUUGCACAAAAGAAGGGAUCAUAUUGUUCCAUAGAUUGGCAUAUAAUGCAUCUGAUAGGCACGACCAAGAUUUUUGAGAAACUUAAUCUAUAUUUUGUAUAUACUAUGAGAGUCACACAAAUAUCACCCUGCCCCCCCCCCCCCAAAAAAAGAGAAAAAGAAAGGAAAAAGAAAGGAGUGUAAUUAAAAGGCAACAACAUAAAUAUGAACUUUUUGAACAACAGUUACUGAUUUUUUUUUCUUUAGUGGACAAUACAGCCCCACUUCAACAUUUCUAAAUUCUUCCAUUCCUUACAUAAAAAAGUUAAACUUGUUAUACACACUGCAGUAUAAAAUGUAUUCUCAUUUCCUGAAAAUUAUAAUGAAUUUGAUUUCAAACAUUAAUUUUGUUUUUUGAAAGAGCAAAUUCAUCUUUGUUUCCAUUGAAUGACAGUCAAGCUUAAUGUAUGUAAAAAAAAGGCAGUAUUCAUAAAAGUUGGAAACUUAAAGAGGGUUCUUUUGUAUUCACUUACCACAAAUGCAGAAUUUAAGUUUUAGCUAACUGUAAUAUGUAAGAAGGAUAAGAGAGAAAGUUGUGUGCCAGUCGAGCAUAAUCAUAAAUCUUGUGUACUUGUGCAUGUUUUGUAACUCUUAAAUCUGGUUUGUUCAUGUUGAACAGCUUAGGGUAAAUGGCGUUAUAGUAUGGUCUGUGCGCGUUAAGAGCUGUGUAUGAUCUCAUGUUCCAUCUAUUGGUUCACUCUAUUGACUUGUCGUACCAUCCUUUGAUCUACAUUCUUGUAGGCUCAAGUACUUGUCUCAGAUAAUUCAGAACAAUGAUAUUGCAUUCUUUUAUUUAUUUUGUUGUUUUUUGAAGUAAUGAUAAUGAUGGUUAUGUUGGUAAAUUUAGUAAUGAUAAUGAGAAUAAUGAAAAUAUGAAAAAAUAUUAAUAAUGAUAAUGAUAAUAGUACUGACCAAUAGUGGUAAUCAUGAUAAGGGAUUAGAUUACAGCAGAAUUAUCUGGGAUGUUGAUUUACAAGGUUUCAGUUAGCACCAUAUCCAGUGCAAAUAUAAUGGUUGCUUUAUGGCUCCUUGUGCAUGACAAAAUUAGGUAUUAUUAUUGUUGUAAUUGCUGUUGUUAGUGUUACUAUUAUUAUUAUUAUUAUUAUUAGUUAUAUAAUAAAUUUAAUUUUAUGAAAUUUGCUUUACCAUUACUUCUGCUGGUCACAUGCAUGAGUUGGUGUAGAUGAUUGUGUAAUAGAAGUGACACAAACACUUGAUUACAAGUGAAAGAAGUAGGAGACAGUAAGAACAAUGAAUUGAAUGAAGUAUCAAAAUGUAUGUUUCAGUUCAAGUGAAUAACGCCAACUGGUACACACAAUUGAGCCAUUAUUACAGCGUGUAUAUGUUUGCAUUGGACUGUAACAGUGAAUGGGUUUAGUAAUGAUUACAGUCACUGCUUCUCUGUGUAUAUGAAUGUCUUUUAUUUCUUUCAUGACUGUGUAUACUGAAAGUGUACUUUGACGAACUCUGUACCUGUCCAGAAUAGGAGAAAACAGCAGCAACGACAAGAAAAGACACAGGCUUGACAAUGACAAGGAUGUCAUACUUUUUCCUUUUGAAAACUUUUUUUUUUCCUUUUUUUCUUUUUUUGUGAACUUAGGUCAACUCUUGGGUCACAGAGGAGAUAGAACACAGUAACUUAUUUUUUCUAUGAAGGAGUAAACAUGUGUAAUGGAUGAUCUCUCUUAUUUUUUUUCUUUUCUUUUGAAAAGUAAUUAAUUUAUUAAGAACUGCAGAGCUGCCUAUAACUAAUUAUAGGAUUUGCUGUCUUCAGGAAGCUGGUUGAUAAUAAAAUAUUGAAGAAAA